UCUUCUCCAGACUACUGGCUCUAUGCUGGGUUGUGAAGAAAAUUAUGCAGCCCCUCCAUUUCUCAAACAAGAACUACAGCAACAGAUUUCCCAUAACUUCUCUUGGCCAUGCUCUAGUGCUGCUGCUCUUCUUGGCCUCUCCUACCAGUUCUUGCACUGAGCAAGAGAGCAACUCCCUUGUCCAGUUUCUAGCUGGGCUCUCAAAGGAUGGUGGCCUGGGCAUGUCAUGGAAGAAUGGUGUGGAUUGCUGUGCAUGGGAAGGGAUCACCUGCAACCCAAAUAGGAUGGUUACUGAUGUGCUUCUGGCUUCUAGAGGCCUUGAGGGGAUCAUCUCACCUUCCCUUGGCAACCUCACAGGCUUGGUGCGCCUCAACUUGUCAUACAACUCGCUGUCCGGUGGCAUACCACUGGAAUUGGUUUCAUCCAGCAGCAUCAUGGUCCUUGAUGUCAGUUUUAACUACCUCACAGGAGGCCUGAGUGAGUUGCUGCCAUCUUCAACCCCUGACCGGCCUCUGCAGGUAUUGAACAUCUCGAGCAACUUGCUAACAGGAAAAUUUCCAUCAAGAACAUGGGAGGUGAUGAAGAGUCUUGUGGCGAUCAACGCCAGCAACAACAGCUUUACUGGGCAGAUACCAACUUCGUUCUGUGUCGGUGCACCGUUCUUUGCCUUGCUUGAUCUUAGUUAUAACCAAUUCAGUGGAGGCAUCCCUGCAGGGCUUGGUAAUUGCUCCAAGUUGGCAGUGCUCAGAACUGGCAAGAACAAUCUCAACGGGACUCUUCCAUAUGAGCUCUUCAAUGUUACCUCUUUGAAGCACCUCUCUUUUCCUAACAAUCGGUUAGAAGAAUCGAUCAAUGGCAUCACGAAGCUCAUAAAUUUGGUCACCCUCGAUCUUGGAGGAAAUAAGCUCAUUGGCAGCAUUCCACAUUCCAUAGGACAGCUCAAGAGAUUGGAGGAGCUCCAUCUGAACAGCAACAACAUGUCUGGGGAGCUGCCAUCAACUUUGAGUGACUGCACGAACCUUGUAACCAUUGACCUCAAGAGCAACAGCUUCAGUGGGGAUCUCGCCAAGGUCAACUUCUCCACACUGCCCAAUCUGAAUGUUUUAGACGUCAGUUGGAACAAUUUUUCUGGAACAGUUCCAGAAAGCAUCUACUCAUGCAGCAAUCUAAUUGCAUUACGGCUGUCUUACAAUGGGUUCCAUGGCCAGUUGUCAGAGAGAAUAAGCAACCUGCAUAACCUCUCUUUUCUAUCACUUGUUAAUAUCUCUCUUACUAAUAUUACAAGAACAUUUGAGAUACUUCAGAGUUGCAGGAACCUCACUGCCUUACUCAUUGGCCGCAACUUCAAGCAUGAAGCCAUGCCAGAGGGUGAUAUAAUUGAUGGUUUUGAGAAUCUUCAGGUCCUUUCCCUGGCCAAUUGUAUGUUGUCUGGAAGAAUACCACAUUGGUUAUCAAAGUUUACAAAUUUGGCAGUGUUAUUUUUAUUCAACAAUCAACUUACUGGACAAAUACCAGAUUGGAUAAGCAGUCUAAACUUCCUCUUCUAUCUAGAUGUGUCAAACAACAGCCUUUCUGGAGAACUUCCGAAAGCCUUAAUGGAGAUACCAAUGUUCAAAACAGAUUAUGUUGCACCAAAGGUCUUUGAGCUGCCUGUUUUUAUAGCUCCAUUACUUCAAUACCGAAUAACCAGUGCUUUCCCCAAAAUGCUGAAUCUAGGCAUCAAUAACUUCACUGGGGUCAUCCCGAAGGAGAUUGGUCAGUUGAAGGCACUUCUUUUACUCAAUUUGAGCUCCAACAAAUUUUCCGGAGAGAUACCAGAAUCAAUCUGCAACAUCACAAACCUGCAGGUGCUUGACAUAUCAAGCAAUAAUCUCACUGGUACAAUCCCUGAAGCGCUCAACAAACUGCACUUUCUUUCAGCAUUUAAUGUUUCUAGUAAUGACCUAGAAGGAUCAAUUCCAACGGUAGGCCAACUUAGCACCUUUCCAAGUUCUAGCUUUGAUGGCAAUCCAAAAUUGUGUGGCCCUAUGCUUGUACACCGUUGUGAUUCACCUAAAACAUCAUAUAUCUCCAAAAGGCGACAUAAGAAGGCAGCUAUCUUAGCACUUGCAUUUGGUGUAUUUUUUGGAGGAAUCACCAUCAUGUUCUUGCUAGUUCGUCUCCUUGUCUUGUUAAGGGGAAAGAAUUUCAUGACCAGAAAUGAUGCCGCAGAAGAACCAUUGUCCAACAUGAAUUCAGAGCGAACUUUGGUGGUGAUGCCACACAGCAAGGAAGGGCAAAGCAAGCUCACAUUCACUGAUCUUCUGAAGGCUACCAAAAACUUCGACCGAGAGAACAUCAUCGGUUGUGGGGGUUACGGAUUAGUAUACAAAGCUGAGUUAUCUGAUGGAUCAAUGGUUGCUAUCAAGAAGCUCAAUAGUGACAUGUGUCUCAUGGACAGGGAAUUCAGUGCAGAGGUUGAGGCCCUCUCCAUGGCACAGCAUGACAAUCUUGUGCCGCUGUGGGGUUAUUGCAUCCAGGGAAAUUCAAGGUUGCUCAUAUAUUCCUACAUGGAGAAUGGUAGCCUGGAUGAUUGGCUUCAUAACAGGAAUGAUGAUGAUGAUGAUGCCAGCUCAUUUCUUGACUGGCCAAUGCGACUCAAGAUCGCACAAGGAGCAAGCCGGGGCAUAUCUUACAUCCAUGAUGUCUGCAAGCCUCAAAUAGUCCACCGUGACAUCAAGUGCAGCAAUAUUUUACUUGACAAAGAAUUCAAAGCUCACGUUGCAGAUUUUGGGCUAUCAAGGUUGAUCCUUCCAAACAGAACCCAUGUCACAACAGAGCUAGUCGGCACUCUCGGUUAUAUCCCCCCGGAGUACGGACAGGCGUGGGUGGCCACACUGAGAGGCGACAUUUACAGCUUCGGUGUAGUCCUGCUCGAGCUGCUCACGGGGAGGCGGCCCGUUCAGGUCUUGUCUAGAUCAAAAGAACUCGUUGAGUGGGUGCAGGAGAUGAUAUCUGAAGGGAAGCAGAUUGAGGUCCUGGAUCCAACCCUCCGAGGCACAGGACAUGAUGGGCAGAUGCUGAAGGUGCUUGAAGUUGCGUGCCAGUGUGUCAACCAUAUUCCAGGAAUUCGACCAACUAUACAAGAGAGUUGCGGCCAAGACCGAUGACCAGAGUUGCCAGCCCUUGGCCGCAGCCUCGCCGCCGAAGGGGAGCGUCACCGGAGAGCAC